AUGUCACAUAACCCAUUAAAGAGAGAGGCAGAUAGCCUAUUAAAUGGACAAGUCAAGAAAAGAAUUGCAAGAGAUCAAGAAGAUGAAACUUCUGAAUCUGAUUCUAAUUACUCAGAUAUCGAACAACCAGUUUUUGAUGUUCCAGUCACAAAUAGCAAAGGUUGGCAACAAACUAUAACGAAAGUUGUCAAAUCGGUAGUUUCAGUUCAUUUCUCAAAUGUUGCUCAUUUCGAUACUGAAACUGCUCUUUGUAGUGAAGCAACUGGAUUCGUAGUGGAUCUUGAACGUGGGUUGAUUCUUACUAAUAGACAUGUCGUCGGACCUGGACCAUUCACUGGAUAUGUCGUUUUUGAUAAUCAUGAAUCAGUGGAUGUUAAACCAAUUUAUAGAGAUCCGAUUCAUGAUUUUGGAUUUUUGAAAUUUGAUCCUAAAGAAGUGAAAUAUUUAAAACUCGGUCAACUUGAUUUAGAACCCGAAUUGGCAAAAAUCGGAACAGAAAUUAGAGUAGUGGGUAAUGAUGCUGGUGAAAAAUUGUCCAUUUUAGCUGGGAUUAUAUCUAGAUUGGAUAGAAAUGCUCCAGAUUAUGGGUCUUUGACUUAUAAUGAUUUCAAUACUGAAUACAUUCAAGCUGCUGCUUCUGCUACUGGAGGAUCAUCUGGUUCCCCGGUUGUCAAUGAAGAUGGGAAAUGUGUAGCUUUACAAGCUGGUGGUUCAACUGAAGCAUCCACAGAUUUCUUUUUACCUGUUUAUAGACCAAAAAGAGCAUUGAAAUGUAUCCAAGAAGGCAAACCAAUAACCAGAGGAGAUAUACAGGUUGAAUGGCAAUUAAGACCAUUUAAUGAAUGUGUGAGGUUAGGUUUGACUUCCGAAGCCGAAGCUAAGGCAAGAGAAUUAUUCCCAAAUAAAAUCGGUUUACUUGUUGCAGAAUUAGUUUUACCUGAAGGUCCAGCUGAUGGACUUCUCAAAGAAGGUGAUUGUUUGAUCUCCAUCAAUGGCGAAUAUAUAUCCACUUUUAUAAGAGUCGACGAAAUCUUGGAUGAAAACGUCGGCAAGGAGUUAGAAUUCGUGGUUCAACGAGGUGGACAAGAAAUCAAACAAACCAUCAAAGUCGGAGAUCUUCACGCUAUCACCCCAGAUAGAUUUGUUCAAGUCGCAGGUGCUAGUUUCCAUAAUCUUUCAUAUCAGGUUGCAAAAUGUUACGGAUUGCCCGUCAGAGGUGUCUUUACCAGUAAUGGAUCUGGUUCGUUUUUAUUUUCAUCAAGUGAUCCUUCUGGUUGGUUAAUGGAGACAAUUGAUGACAAGCCAGUGCCAAAUUUGGAUGAAUUCGUCGAGGUCAUGAAAAAUAUCCCCGAUUAUGCUAGAGUUCCGGUGACUUAUCGUCAUGUUUCUGAUAUGCAUUGUGAAUAUGUUCAAACUAUUUAUAUUGAUAGACAUUGGGAUAGUUCAUUCAAGAUGGCUGUUCGUAAUGAUGAAACUGGUUUAUGGGAUUUUACUACCCUUCAAGAAAAGCCAUUGGAGCCAAUUACUCCACAGCCACAAAAUGCAAAAUAUAUUGAUAUUCCAAUUAAUGAUGAUUCUAAGAAAGGUUGUUCUUCUUUAGUAAAAUCAUUUGUUCAAGUUAGAGCUAUUAUCCCACAUCCAAUUGAUUCUCAUAAUUUCAGAAAAGGAGUAUGUUAUGGUGUUGUCAUUGAUGCCAAAAAUGGGUUUGUAUUGGUAUCAAGAAGAUACGUCCCUCAUGAUAUGUGUGAUAUUUCUCUUAUAUUUGCUGAAUCUAUUGAUGUUGUUGGUAAAGUCGUUUUCAUGCAUCCACACCUCAAUUAUGCUAUUAUCAAGUAUGAUCCAUCUUUGGUAUUGGCCGAUGUCAAAACUCCUAAGUUUGGGACUACCCCAUUAGAAAGAAAUGACAAAUCAUUCAUUAUUGGGUAUAAUUCCAAUUUGAGAUUAAUCACAGAAGAUGUUAAAAUCAGUUCUGUCUCUUCUUUGAACGUUGGUGCAUGUCCAACUGCUCCACGUUAUAGAGGUACCAAUUUGGAAGUUAUAUUAUUGAACAAUAAAAUUGCUCAUGAAUGUGAUGCUGCUAUCUUAGUUGAUGAUGAUGGUACUGUGCGUGCAUUUUGGUUGACCUAUUUGGGUGAAAAUAAUGAAGUGACGUAUAGAAUGGGAUUAGAUGUUACUGACGUCAAAGAUGUUAUUGAUUUGUUACAAGCUAAUAAGAUUCCAAAGAACUUGAGAAUACUCGAUGCCGAAUUUGCAUCAAUGACUGUGUUUAAUGGAAGAGCUAGGGGUGUUUCACAAGAAUGGAUUACUAAAUAUGAAGAAGCUUCUCAUGAUCGAAUUAGAUUUUUGGCUGUUGAUAGAGUGGCUGCAUCUAGUUUAGGACAACCUGCCAGUCCAUUAAAGACUGGUGAUAUAGUUCUUUCUGUGAAUGGUAAGUUGGUUAAAAGUAUGAGAGACUUCAGCUGUAUGUAUGAAGACAAGAGUUUAGAAUUCAGAAUUGUUAGACAAAAGAAAGAAAUGACAUUACAAGUUCCAACUAUUGAUACUUCUACAUUGGACACUUCCCAUGUUGUUUUUUGGUCUGGUGCACUUCUUCAAACUCCUCAUUAUUCUGUUAGACAAUUAAUGAGAGAAGUGCCAUCCGAAGUGUAUGUUACAGAAAAAUCUCCUGCUGGACCUGCUAGUCAAUACGGAAUCCCACUUAUUACCUUUAUAACUCAUGUAAAUGAUCAAGAAACUAAAACUCUUGAUACAUUUAUUAAAGUGGUUAGAGAUAUUCCUGAUCGUACUUUUGUAAAGUUGAGAUUGGUUACUUUUGAUAACCUUCCAGUUGCCAUAACUUUGAAAACUGAUUACCAUUAUUUCCCAACCACUGAAUUUAAAAAACCAGAAGGGUCAGAAAAAUGGAUAGAAAUAGAAUACGAAAGAACAUAG